AUCAGGUAGAUGAAGGAAUGGUCGCGCUGGCAGCUGAUGGGUUCCAUUCCUGCCAGGCUUUGUACCAACAAGAGCUUCAGAACCUCAAGAGCUGGGCGAAAGAGAUGAGGCUGGACGAGAUGGAGUUCGCGAGAGUGAUGCCGCUGGUCUGCUGGUUGCCACCUGCUUCCACUAUGUUCCCCUCUGAGCUAUCCGAGGCUCGCCUUGCCUAUGGCAUGAAGAACAUCCUGGUGACCGCAGUCGAUGACCUGUUUGACGUCGGGGGAUCAAAGGAAGAGUUGGAGAACCUUAUCACGCUGAUCGAAAAGUACUGAAACUCACCUCACAACAUAUUUCCUGCAGAUCGACAGUGACCAUUGAUGCAUCUAUAAUGCACCAGGGUGCAUUUUGUACAGAGAACGCUCCCACCCUAGUUGCAAUUGGUCUAAUCGCGCGGUUGCAACUGGUUUGCGUGCAGCUGCAACUAGUUCGUGCCUAGUUGCAACUGGGUCGGGUCCGGUUGCAAUUAGUUCGUGUCCAAUUGCAACUGGCCCGUCAAGUUCCAGUUGGUGCAGUCAUGCAGUUGCAACUGGGUUGCGUUCGGUUGCAAUUGGUUCGUAACCAAUUGCAACUGGUCUGUCGAGUUGCAAUUGGUGCAGUCGCAUAGUUGCAAUUGCGGGGGACUGUGCAUUUAUUAUACAGAAUGCACCUUGUUGCAUUUUA